UGGAAACACAACAUAUCAUUUUGUAUUUAUUAAGCAAUUUUUUUUUCUUACUCUGUCACCGCCAGCUUCACCAUCACCAAAUCAUACCUCAUAUACGAUGGCAGGAAAAUACGGAUCAAUCCGGCAGAGUUUUCUGGACCAGAACAGGGAAAAACUCUUAUCUCGUAAGGGCUAUUCCGAUUUCGGUCUGAAUAGCUACGACGGCUCCGGUGACAAUGUCAAAUGUCGUUGUUUCCGUACACUUUCCGAUGCGGUCACCAACUUAUGGAAAGGCUGUCAAAAUACUUCCGUCAAGUUGUAUGAAAUGGGCCGUUCUGAUCCCCGUAAGUUCUUUUUCGCCGUCAAGAUGGGGCUGUCGCUUGCGCUCGCUUCGCUCGUCAUUUUCUUUCGACAGCCUUUGAAAGAAGUAGGCCAGUAUUCAAUCUGGGCUAUUCUCACCGUCGUCGUUGUUUUCGAGUUCAGCGUUGGGGCAACGUUGAGUAAAGGGUUUAAUCGUGCAAUUGGAACAUUAUCGGCGGGUGGACUUGCUCUUGGUAUUGCAGAGCUAUCUGCAUCAGCCGGGGCGUUUAAAGAAGUUAUAAUCGUAAUUAGUAUAUUCCUUGCAGGAUUUUCCGCAAGCUAUUGCAAAUUGUAUCCGCCGAUGAAGAUGUAUGAAUAUGGAUUCCGGGUAUUUCUGUUGACAUUUUGCAUCGUGUUGGUAUCUGGAAGUACAUCGUCAUUUUUCGAAACGGCGUUUUAUCGAUUACUACUUAUUGCCGUCGGUGCUUGCAUGUGUUUAGUAGUAAAUAUAUGUAUAUUACCCAUUUGGUCAGGGGAGGAUCUACACAAAUUGGUUGUGAAAAAUUUCAAAAAUGUUGCUUCUUCUGUGGAAGGCGUUGUUAACGAAUACCUCCAGUGUGUGGAAUACGAGAGAGUCUCCUCGAAAAUUCUUACAUAUCAGGCUUCCGAUGACCCUGUAUAUAAUGCUUAUAGAUCGGCCGUGCAGUCCUCCAGCCAAGAGGACAGCUUGUUGGACUUUGCCUCCUGGGAGCCACCACACGGUCCUUACAAGACAUUCAAUUAUCCAUGGUAUAACUACGUCAAAGUGAGUGGUGCUCUUAGGCAUUGUGCAUUUAUGGUUAUGGCAAUGCACGGCUGUAUUCUUUCAGAAAUCCAGGCUCCACCAGAGAAGAGAAAGGUUUUUGCAAAGGAGCUUCAGAGGGUUGGCACCGAGGGAGCUAAAUUCUUACGUGCGCUUGGAAGUAAAGUAGAAAAGAUGGAGAAAUUGAGCUCAAAUGACAUGCUUUUUGAUGUUCAUGAUGCUGCAGAAACUUUACAAAUGAAGAUCGACGAGAAAUUUGAUAUGCUGGUCAACUCAGCUAGUUGCAGAACUGGAAAACACAGGGACCACGAAGAUCCUCAACAUUUUAUUGAUACCAAGGAUGAUCAUACCAAACAGCUGGUAAUUGAAUCACUGAACGAGACGUUGGAUGCUCAACACUCAAGUAUUGGCAUCCACCCUCCCAUGUCAGAAUGGGUAUCCACGGAUAGUGUCUUUAACAAAAACCUGGUUUCAUGGCCACGUCUUUCGUUUUUGAUGGACACCGUGCCUAAUGAACGUGAGUCCAAAGUGUAUGAAAGUGCAAGCUCCUUGUCUUUGGCAACGUUUGCUUCGCUUCUCAUUGAAUUUGUUGCAAGGCUUCAAAAUCUCCUGAAUGCCUUUGAAGAGCUCAGUGAGAAGGCAAAUUUUAAGGCACCAGAAGAGUUUAAAGUUAAAAGUGAGCAUACUGGUUGUUGGACUCGAUUGUUAAGAUUCGUUGGCUUAAAAGAUUGAGCCUUGAUAGGAUGCCAUGCCACAGUCGUGCCCUUGGGUUGUCUGAUAUCACUCUACUAGUUGGCUAACUAAUGCACCUUUCCUACAGUGAUGGUUGAAUUUGCCACCAGUUUCUUAAAAAAGGUUUAGAUCUCAGUUACCUAUGUCCUCUUAUAUUGUUCUGGCAGGUAACUUAAAUGGACCCGUCCUGUGUAAAGAUCAAUACAGGUCAGCGGAAAUGUCAUACAUGUGCCUUAGAUGGGACACUAAAAUCUCUUCAUCAAAGGCUGUUGGGACCAUAUAUGGAAGGGAGCGUCGUACAUAAUGAUAUUAUUUUUGAGGAUUAAGUUUAUUAAUGCCUGUGGUAUGACGUUACAUUUAUUUUGCUUCUAGAUGUGAUGUUAUGAGAGGGAUUGUUUAAUACAUCUGUGAUGCAACAGCAUGGUGCAUCACUCCAUGAUCUUAUAUGCUUUGGCAAGCUGAUGCCCCUUAUAUUUGAGUGUAUAUUGUUGUUCUUGUUAUUGUAUUGUCGUCCCAUUGGGAGCAUAUGUAAUUGCCAGAAAUAGUAUAAGAUGUUUUCAGUUUAUAUAAAUUUUUUACCACUUGAGUCACUUAUAAGCUCAAUACUAUUAAACAAUGGUUCAUUUU